AUGGCCUCCUUCAAUGGGAAGGAGAUUCCAAUCUGCUAUGCCUCCUGCUCCAUAGGACAUGAAAGUUCGAAGCAUACGUUGCCGGAGAAGCUGAAGGCUCUUGCCAAUGUUGGAUUCGACGCCAUUGAGCUUUCGAUGUCUGACAUCCUCUCGUACGGUCAACAAGUCUCCAAGAGCAAGGCAAAAAUUGAUCCAAAGGAUUACCAAACACUUCGAUCCGUCGCCGCAGAGAUCGGAAAGCUGUGCGAAAAGGAAGGCUUGAAGGUUCUGAUGUUACAGCCAUUCGCCAACUUUGAGGGUUGGCCCCGAGGAAACGAGAGGAAAGAUGCUUUCGAGAGAGCCAAAGGGUGGAUGAGCAUAAUGGAGGCAGUUGGGACAGAUAUGCUUCAGAUUGGAUCUUCUGAUGCGGAGGGCAUCUCGUCUAGGUUUGACCACCUGGCGUCCGACCUGGCUGAGCUUGCAGAUAUUUUUGCCGAGAAGGGGUUUCGAAUUGCAUAA